AUGCCUGGGCUAGCAGCAUAUCCGACCUCACGGGGAGAUUGGGAGAAUCACAGAGCUACCAUCAUCCGCCUCUACCUUACUGAAGACACGCCCCUUGACAAGGUACUUAAAACCAUGCAGAGCGAGUUCGGGUUCAAGGCAACUAAACGCAUGUACUCCUCCAAGCUAAAAGAAUGGGGUGUCAUGAAGAACUACAAGGCCAAGGAAAAGGAUAUGCUAGUUGGACAGAUACGUGAGGCGUUAGCCAAUGGCCAAGAUCCGAACCAGGUGACCUUCCGAGGCCAAAGUGUGAAGCACCAUCGCAUCCUAAGACAUAGUCGAGCGAAAGCUCGAGAGGCUAGCUCUGCUACGGGGAGCUUGUCACACGGCGAUCCUGUCACCAACCGCCAGCUUGAUGCUCUACUAGUCCAUGCCGUGGAUCAACCGUCAAGAAAUUUUAGUGGGACAAGCCCUGCAGAGCUCAUUCUCCUGUCCACUAAGACUACAUCCAGAGUUUCGUCGCAGGAUGUCAUGUGGACGAUCAAGCUACUGCACGGUCUUUUCCCUCGCAGGCUGGCUGCAGUCAGAGUCCAGGCCCGCCCCCAAAUGUCCAAACCAACCAAUUCUGGCAUGACUUUGAGACGGCACACUUUCCACACUUGUUGGGGAACAGCAACUGAUAAUCUUCUACCUCAACCUAUCACCCUACUCCGAAAGGUUAUGACGACACUUCACCCCCAAGGGGGUCUAACGAGAUACCCUGAGGUGUCUCAUUCGACCCUUGCAUUUAUUGCUGAUCUCCUGGAGAUGAAGCUUGGCGUAUCACACCCCCUUGCCCAGAUCUGUCGCCACGUCUGGCGUGACAGCGAAGGUCCCAGAACCGCAGAAGCUACCCUGGCGCUGAUGAGCAGCUUGUUCGAGGAGAAUCUAGGGCUGUGCCAUCACGAGACAUUCCUGACCGACACUGCACUGAUAGCCCGUCAUCUACAAAACGGCAACGUCGCAGCAGCGGAGCGUUCAGCACGGAGACUUGUUCAAAAGUCAGAGCUUUCACCUAAUCGAGCGGCGCAACUACCUAAGGCUCUCAGACAGCUAGCGCACGUCCUUACGACGCUUGGUCAGUACAAAGAGGCAAUUGAAGUCCAAGAAGGCAUCUUGAACUGUCCAGGGGCUGUGAUUUCGGGAGAAUUGAGAAUCUACACCAUGGAGGAUAUUGCCGAGCUGCACAGGUUACAAGGUGACUUUUUCAUGGAAAGUGAGUCUCUGAGAGAGGCAUUAUUGGCUGCACGAGAAUUCUUUGGUCGGGAUCAGGCGCCUACGCUUCAUAUAUGGGAUAAGUUUGCAACCUCCAUGUCUGAGCAAGGAAGGGGCUUUGAGGGCCUGUGA